UGACUCCUCACUGAGGAGACAUGGAGGUCCAGGGGGAUGCUGGGAUUGGGGGUUUGUUGGCGCCCAGCCCACAGAGUGAGGCUGUAACCCAUGAGAUGGGUGAACUGUCCCUGCACCCCAGCCAGAGGCUGCCCCCUCUCAACGAGCGCAAAAAUGUUCUCCAGCUGAGGCUACAGCAGAGACGCACCCGCGAGCAGCUCGUUGAUCAGGGCAUCAUGCCACCCCUGAAGAGCCCUGCAGCGUUCCAUGAACAAAUCCGCAGCCUUGAGAGAGCCAGGACCGAAAAUUUCCUAAAGCACAAAAUACGCAGCCGCCCAGAAAGGGCCGAGUUGGUCCGCAUGCACAUCUUACAAGAGACGGUGGCGGUGCCUUCUCUGCAGGCCACUCAGCUGAGAUUGAAGAGAGCUCGAUUGGCUGAUGACCUAAAUGAGAAGAUCGCUCAACGCCCCGGCCCCAUGGAGCUGGUGGAGAAGAACAUCCUGCCUGUGGACUCCAGCGUCAAGGAGGCCAUCAUUGAUGGUCAGAUGCAGUACCCUAGAACUCUAGAGGAACUGGCAGAUGAGGACAGUGGAGAUGCGUUUUCACCCGAGCAGCCAGCUAGUCAGGAGUCCCAGGGUUCUGCAGCCUCACCAGGGGAGGUGCGGGCCAUUGAAGAGUCCUCACCAUUGCCUAAUAACCUGUUACAGGUAGUCCUGCCACCUCCUUUUCACUUCAGGGACAAAACACUAAGAGCUCAUGUUGCCAAAAAAACAGAAUUUAGUCAUUCAAGUUUUUCACAGCACUUUCCUGCAGUGACCACCCCUUCAACAGAUUUCCUCAUGCCUUUUUCUACUAAUGAGCAAUCAGUUAGCCCUCCACCACCCAUACCACAGCUAGUCACCUUGCCCCCUGUGAAGUCUGGGCCCACCCUUGUAAAGCAAAGUCAGCCCAAGUUACCUGGGGACAAGAGCCGCAGCAAGAAGAGUAAGGAGGCCAAGCCACGUGUGAAAAAGUUAAAAUAUCAUCAAUACAUUCCACCAGACCAGAAACAAGAACCCAACCAAGCCCCAAUGGACUCCUCAUAUGCUCGUUUACUACAACAGCAGCAGCUAUUUUUGCAGCUACAGAUCCUGAGCCAACAGCAACAGCAGCACUACAACUACCAGACCAUCCUUCCUGCACCUCUCAAGCCUGUGAUAGAAGGCCAAAACAGCAGUGCCACAGUGGCUAUCAGCAGCACGAGCAGCCUUCCUGCCUCAAUUGUGGUGUCUCUGCCCACAGCAACACCUGUGCGGCCCAACAGCACCCUUUCCAACCGCAAGGCAGGCACACUACCUGCCAAUCUGGAGGAGAUGAAGGUGGCAGAGCUGAAAAUUGAGUUAAAGUUACGUGGUCUUCCAGUGUCAGGAACAAAAAUAGACCUUAUUGAACGGCUUAAGCCUUUCCAAGAAAACAAUGUCACUACUGCACCCAACAACUACACAGGACCUAGCACACAGCCCUGUAGCACACCUAUGGAGGUGUCCAGCACCACUACAACCCUAUCGCCCAUCCAACAGCCCUCUGAAUAUCUGAGCUCAACUCCACCUGUGUCUCCUGGCUCCUUAGAGCUUCACAGCAAAGAGGACGCAUCCACAGAGAGACAAGCAGAGGGCCAAAACCGCAGUUUAGUGAAGGCAGCUCCUGUUCCUGAGGAGCAGGACCGGAGACUACACGAAAAGGAGCGACAGAUCAAGGAACUGCUGCGUAAACUGGAGCAGGAGCAGAAGCUGGUGGAGGAACUGAAGAUGCAGUUAGAGGUGGAGAAAAGGAGCGGACAGGUCGUUCCACCUGCAGAAAAUAACACUUCCAGUCCAGCCACCAUGUUGGCAUCUGUCAAAACAGAAAACACUGUCCCUCCUAACUGCACACUGAGUUCACACACUACGCCAACGCUGCUGAAGCUCGAGGAGGCCCAUCCCAACCAGGUGACAGCUACUCCUCUCCAUCAGUUCAUUAUCAGCCACCAAGGACUACCACAGGUCAUGGGGCAGCCCCAGACUCUUCUAACCACUUCUCAUGGGGGCACUCAGAUCCUUCUUCCAGUGCCCCUGGAGAAUAAUACCACUACUAUCCAGCUGCCCAACACUAAUGUCAAACUACAGCCAGUUUUGCAGGCUGUCUCUCCAUCAGGGCCAGGUCUAAUUCAGACCCCCCAAAUACAAACCACCAAAGCAGAGAGUCCUACAUCACAACAGCUGCUCAGUCACAACCACAUAUUUCAGACCCUGCCUAUGGGCACCACCGAGAGGUCAGGUUUCCAGCACGGUACCAAUGAGAAUCCAGCAGGCCUGGAGAUACCUCAGUUCUUCCUCAGCAGCUCCCCAGAUAACAGGAUCUCACCUCUGACGUCCCCCGUCCCGUCAUCCCUCAUCAAUGGGCCACUAAACAAGACCUCCUUCAUCCAGCAGUCCCCAGUUUUCAUCCAGACGCCCAAGAACAGAGAGCCGCCCCGCUAUGAGGAGGCUGUCAAACAGACCCGCAGCCUACAGAAUCCCGCCGUCUCAGAGAUUCCCACAGCAACGAGUCAACAGAUGGAUGAUCUCUUUGACAUUUUAAUAGAAAGUGGAGAGAUCACUCCCUUUAGUCAACAGGACCCAUCUGUGCCUAAGAUGAUGCCCGUUACGGCCAGCAUCACCACCCUGCCCAUCAACACCGCCCUGUCCCGACCACCUGCCCAGGUGCAGAUGGCACCCCCGCCGGCGCUGAUGUUGGAACCCAUGCCCAGCCUGGCCUCCCUGGACUCUGACAACCAGUUGGAGGCUCUGCUGGAGGGCACGCUGGUGGGGGACGCAGAGCCGGAGCAGAGGACUUUGGGCCUACUGGAGGAGCUGCAAAACCAGAUACUGGAGCAGUCAAACUCCCCAAUGGACACGUCCGAGCUGGGAUUCACCGACCCACCUCCACCUUCCUCCUCCUCCCUGUCCUUUAGUCUCCAAGACACUGGCCUGGACAACAUGGAGUGGCUGGACCUCACAAUGCCUGGGCCCAUUGGCGGACUCAAUCCAUUGGGCAUCACCUCUGAAUUCCUGGACACUCAUGACCUGCAGUUGCACUGGGACUGAGAGGAAUCGCUUCAAACACGGUUAUACUUUCACUCGCACAACAAACUGUGUGUCUGUGGGGCGUACAGUAGGGGAAGAAGGGAUUGUCAGUGUGGCGGCGGUUCACGCCUGGCAGCUAUAUGUGACUAGACUCCAGCUCAGCUGUACACUUCACUUAUGCUGGUUCUAAUCACCAUCUGUUCUCUUUCACAUUAUUGCUCUUGUUUGAUCAGACACAUGAGCCUUGUGGGUAAUGCUGGCUAGGUCCUGAAUGUGCUCUCUUUGCUGUGCCAUUCUGAGAGGGAGCUGCUUUUGGGCAGAUGGAAUUCUGCUGUAUUGCUAUUUUGUUUUUUUCAUUGAUGUGCCAUUGACAUCAGAUUGGUUGCAGUGAGUCUCUAAAUAUCCUCACAGCUAAUUUUAAGGAAGGGUAAGCUGUCAGUUCCAGACGAUGUGGCAUCACAGUAGAGUUCACUUUGUUUGUGCAAAAUUGAGCCUUGAGCAAUGACGCCAUUAGUGCUCCUGUACGUAAUCAUGAGUGUCUGUGUGGAGGAUGAAAAUGUCAGAUUCAACCUAAGCCACAUUUCCCAGAAUCCCCUUUUCCACCGCUGACUGCAGCAACUGAACAGCCUGUUGUCUGCAAGAUUCGCUGGCAAAUACACUACCAUUCAAAAGUUUGGGGUCAGUAAGAUUGUUUUAAAAGAGAAAUUAAUUGAGUUGUUCAGGAAAGGUCCAUUUAAUUGAUCAAAAGACAUUUAUAAUGUUACAAAA